GACUUCGGGCACGGUACUGAACUUGCUUCUAUCGAUCAGCCGUUAUGCCUAGCGAGAUUAGCAAAAAGCUAUCGGAGAUAGCCAGGGAUAUAGAUCAGGAUACGCAUACAGAGAAUAUAAAGCUGAAGAGCGAGCUGGCGAGCGAGAAGCAAAAGUGCAAGGUAUUGGAGGCAGAGCUCGCGAGAUUGAAAGACGCAGAUGGGAACGGCCGAUUGAAGGAAGAGAAUGACAGACUGAAGCGGGCGUGGCACGAGUAUGAGCUGGUAUCGACUGAUAGAGAACCAGAAGUUCUCCAGUACCUAUAUGUUCCAAACCCGCCCCCCCUUAAUCCGGCCCCUAGGGCUGGCAACUUUGCCGUACAGUUCUUUGCGAGUAGAGCCGAGAAUGAGCCUCAUCCGGGAGGUUGGGCAAUAAUGGAGGACGACGAAAACCCGGAGAAGGCUGAAUUUCCGGGGCCUAGGGUUCAACAACUCGUCACCGCGGCCGGUCAUGCGGGUAUCGAACCUAAGAUCAAGAUCAAGGGGGCCGAAACAUGGGACAAGAUCAUGGAAACACUUCUUCCCCACCAUGCAGUCGUCAAUCGCGCUCGACCGACCAUGCUCGGACCAAUCCUCCCUCGAUUCAAGGAGUAUGUCGAACGCCAUCUGCAGCCGUGGUGGUACGCAAGUGACGAAGCCAAAACGUUCUACGAGUCUGUGACGGAUCGCUACUGGACGGAUAGUACAGGCGAGAUAUGGGGAAUCGAUACCGGCCACAAACCCAACUUUCAAGGACAUAGCGGAGACGCCAGUCGAUCCUUUGAGCAACUGUUUCAUCGAAUUGAAGAAGAGAGAGAGUACAUCCAGGGUAUUCGCGACAUAGUCGAUCCGUUUCUUGCCGAUAUCAAUACAUUCACCGGCCAGACUGUAGUAUCAACGCACGGAGCAUGGGGUACUAGUGAAAAGAUCUAUAAAGGAGCCGGUAUUCAGGUCACCAUCGACAUUGGAUCGAAACUUUGGUUCAUUGACUGCCCCGGUGCCGCGUUUGGGGUUGACCUGGUAUAUACCGGGCAAGGCGAUUGCAUUGUAUUAGGACCCGGAACGCAAUGGAAGUCGUACGCCAUCGAGCCAACGAUCAUGCAUGUACAUCAUGUCAUGGACAAUACCUGGCUCGCACGAGAUGCCGGUCAACCGAAAGACCUCGUGGUAAAGGUGUUCUACUGCCUUAUGGCAUGGGCCAUCGGUGAGAAAUCGGAGAUCAACAAUGACUUGGCGGGUGCCAAGGUCGUUCUAGAACAAUUGGGAGCCUAUGCGACACUUCCGGGAUCGUGGGGACUCAAUGACCUGGCAAAACAGGCCCUGCGGCCUUGGUUAGUAUUGUUUAGCGAGCAGACUGUAGAGACCGGUUCUCAACAAGGAAAGAGGAAAGACCGUGACGAAGAAGGUGGCAAUUCAAACAAAAAGUCCAGAACUGCGGGUCGCAUCGCCAUGUCCAUAUCCGAUUCUGAAGAUAACCAAUGAGAAGCUAUGUGCUCAGUAGAGUUUGAGAGGAGGAAGGAAGGAUCAAUUUUCUGUCUAUUAUGUUACGUCAAUUGUGUUAUCGAUUAGCCGCUUGGUAAUC